CAUCACUAAAACAUACUGCAACAGUUUCUGUAUCAAAUAGUUUGAUUUCUGACAUAAUAAUUUGAUUUAUACUCUUUUGUAUGUUCUGGAACACAAUGUGGGCUUCGAAUGUACGUGGUUGUUUUGUAUGAGCAGAAAGACAAGCCUUCCUCUGCUUUAGAAUCUAGGCCUUGCAGCACAGAUAGUUCAUGUGGUAAUUGCUGCAACUUUGUUGAAUUCACCAGUAAACUGUUAUCCGGACAGAACAUGUCCUCCAAAGAUCAGUCAUUACUGUAUGAGCCCAUCAAAGAGCUUGAUAUCACGUUAAACCAAAUAGAUGCAGGAGUUUCAGUAGAUAUAAUUUCAGGCGUGAAUGAUCCAGUAACUUUGCAUUACCUCAACAGGUUUGCAAGUAAAUUAUCUUAAGGCCGUUUUUUUCCUACAGCCACCGGUCAGUUGACUUUUCCCUCGAUCAGCACCUUAUAACACCUUCAGAUCAUGUAGAAAUCCUCAUUCAUUUGAUGUGGACGAUAUCAGAUUUCUUGGAACUUAUGGUAAGAACAUCAAUGACCUUGACAAGUACUCAGAGGCGAAAAGCAAGCUUGAUUUGCCGAAAGAAGACUGAGGUGGAGACAUCUUGCUCCCGCUGCACCUAAUACAAUCAGUGAGAAUUCACCUCCCCCCCUUGCAAAAUAUACAUUUAGAACAAAGUUCCAUUUUUGAGUCUAUUGGUUUGAUUCACUUCUAUGUAGUUUGUUAUCCUUUCACCGAUGGAGAGCCUUUAGUGAUUGAAACUUGCCCUCAUGUCUUCUUCGUUGGAAAUCAAGAUAAAUAUGACAACCGUUUGGUAAAGGUACAAUUUCCUUGCAUAUAGAUUGAUUAU